AGCCACAAUACCAAGAUAGCGGAAAGAGAGGCUGUGUGACGUCAUUCUGAAGCGACUUACCGGAAGUUUCUCGAGACCGCGUGGAUUAUAAAACGUGAAAGAGUCCUUCGGAGAGCCUUUCAAUUAUCUAAGAUGGGCAAGAAAGCAAAGGUUGGAAAGAGCCGAAAGGAUAAAUUCUAUCAUUUGGCUAAAGAGACUGGGUACCGGUCUCGUUCAGCCUUCAAGCUUAUUCAGCUAAACAGAAAAUUUCAAUUCUUGCCAAAAGCACGUGCUCUGGUGGAUCUGUGUGCUGCACCAGGAGGCUGGCUUCAAGUUGCAGCAAAGUUUAUGCCAAUAUCCAGUCUUAUUAUAGGAGUAGACCUAGUACCCAUAAAACCAAUUCCUAAAGUAUUGACUCUACAGGAAGAUAUAACCACUGAAGCCUGCAGACAGACUGUAAGGAAGCAUUUGCAGACAUGGAAGGCAGAUGUGGUUCUGAAUGAUGGUGCACCAAAUGUUGGAGCCAACUGGACACAUGAUGCUUUCUCACAAGUGCACCUCUCUCUUAUGGCACUUCGUCUAGCCUGUGAUUGUCUCUCAAGAGGUGGUUGGUUCAUUACUAAAAUAUUCCGUUCAUCUGAUUAUCAGUCACUGCUCUGGAUUCUACAGCAGUUUUUUAAGAAAGUGAAUUCCACCAAGCCCCAGGCCUCUCGCAGCGAAAGUGCAGAGAUCUUCGUCGUAUGCCAGGGUUUUUUGGCUCCAGAUAAAAUAGACACCAGAUUCUUUGACCCAAAAUUUGCAUUUAAGGAUGUGGAUGGUCCUGUGCAGACUGUGUCUCAACUGUUGUCUCAUAAGAAACCAAAGGCAGAAGGUUAUGCUGCUACAUCUCUUUCUCUAUAUCAUCGUGCCUCAUUGGUUGACUUUCUUACAGUGGAGAAUCCUGUUGACUUUCUCUCAAAAACCAGCGAGAUUAUUCUGGAUGACACUGAAUUUGAGAGACAUCCAGCUACAACAAAUGAUAUACGUGAAUGUUGUCGAGAUAUCAAAGUAUUGGGUCGGAAGGAGCUUAGGUUGCUCUUAAGCUGGCGUUCUAAACUACGUAGACAUCUUGCUAGAAAAUUAAAGGCGGCAUCUAAAGAAACGGAAAAGAAGACAAUCAGUCUUAGCUCUGAUGAGGGAGAAGGACAGGAACCCAUAGGUGAGAAAGAUUAUGAUCAGGAGGAUGAAGAACUGCACCGGAAGCUGGCUGAAGUUAAAGCUGAAGAACUAUCAACACUUAAGAGGAAAAAGAAGCGUUUAUUGAAGGCCCAGCGGCAGCAGAGAGAGCGGAUUGAGCUUAAAAUGGACCUUCCUGGAGUUUCUAUUGCUGAUGAGGGAGAGACUGGCAUGUUUUCACUGCAUAGCAUUGGCAAGAAUGAGCUUCUGCAGACACUUUCUCAAGGGGAUAUGUGUGCCGCAGACUCUCUUAUACCAGAUGCUGAUGAUGAUAUUGUGCUCUCAAAUGAUGAGACUGGGGAAUUGGAAGGAGUAGAUGAAAUAUCUCUUGCAAGUGAUUUGGAAGAUUAUGAGCUGCAGGAAAUCCAUGCGUGUCAAAAAAUUGCAAGGAAGAAAAUGUUGAAGAAUAGAAUUCAGUCUCCUGCUAACGAGUUUUGGAUGAAGGAUGAAGGACAGGUCAACCCGUUACUUGUUCCUCUUGAAGAUACUUCAGAUCGGGAACAGAGAGACACCGGUCUGUGGUUUGGAAAGGGAAUAUUUUCAUCAUUGGAUUUUGGCGCAGAUGAAGAUUUGGAGAUUAAGCAAAUGCAACUUUUAAAAGGAAAUGAAAUAGGCAAGAUCCCACUGAAAAUGCCAGACCAAAUUAAAAUACAUUCGAUUUCAGGCACUGCUGGGGCAAAUUGUAGGGGUUUGCUUGUAAAGUCUGGGACUAUAACCAGCAGCACUGCAAAGGCAACAGAGUUUAUGCAGAGAGCUGGAGAAACGUCAUCUAUUGUGUGCUCUACUGAUAUUUCAGGGGAAAAUUAUGCAAGCAACACUGAUAGUGACACCAGUGAGGAUGAAAGCAUUAUAAAGACUAUGAAGAGGAGUUUGGGGAAAAGGGAAGAGCAAGGAGAGGAAGAUAAAUCAGAUUUUGAAGUAGUUCCUUUAGAGUGUACAGUUAAACGAUCUCGUGUGUUGGGCCCCGAUGGUCUUGCUCUUGGAACAGUUAUUGCUACAUCUAAGAAAUCGACAAGAGAUCUAAUUGAUAGCUCCUUCAACAGACGUAAUUUUAACGAUGACGAGGAUGAACUGCCAGACUGGUUUGUGUCAGAAGAGAGGAAGCACAGGAUAGUUCAAGUUCCUGUUGAUCGGUAUAUGAUGGAAGAAUAUCGAAAGCAGCAACGAGAACUUAAUGCUCGUCCCAUUAAAAAAGUAGCUGAAGCAAAAGCAAGAAAGAAGAGAAGGACUCUUAAGAAGAUGGAACAGAUAAAAAAAAAGGCUGAAGCAGUGGUUAACACCAGUGACAUAUCGGAGAGAGAGAAAGCUGCACAGCUGCGUAGUAUAUAUAGAAAAUGUGGCCUGGGCAAAGAGAAGCCUCAAGUUACUUAUCUUGUGGCCAAGAAGGGAGUUGGACGUAAGGUUCGCCGGCCAGCUGGAAUUAAGGGCCAUUUCAAGGUUGUAGAUGGAAGAAUGAGAAAGGACACAAGAAGCCAGAAAAGAAGAAAAUAGUGAAUUAAUUGAUCAAAUUAGUGCUUAAAAGGUUUUUUCCUGCAUUUUUACCGUCUUGUUUAAUGGUAAAAAAAUUAACUGAUGACUUUGUAAUCACAACCAGUACAAGAUCAGAGAGACAAGGCCAUAUUACUAUAGCCCCUGCAUUCUUGUUUAGGAUGUAAAUAAAUAAAAUAAGGUUGUCAUAUUUCCAUGUU